GCCGGAUCCCCAGCAGUCUCUUGACACCUUGGGGGAAGGCUGGGAGGUGUAACCAUCGGCAGCGAGCGAGGCAGAGCAGGAGAGAAGGCAGAAGGAAGCCAAUAACAGGGAGGUCUAGGAAGGUGGUGGAGGGGGAGGGACGGGGCCACUCCUCCAUCGGUGGGACUGCAGAUUAUUUUGCAUGGAUUGUUGAAGAGAAAAGGGAGCUGCAUUUGUGAAGGGACCAAAAAACAAACAGCUCAUUGCUCGGGCAGGGGCCGUGCAGGGAUCAUCAGGAGCAUCCGGCUGCGAUAGUGCGGCCGUGCCGCGCGCGCUGUGACACCGAGGGAUGCACACAGAUGCACCUGGACAAGAGGCAGCAGCGAGGCUGAGCUGAGCGCGGGGAGGGAUCCCACGAGCGGACCAUGAGCGAGAGCAGCCCCUUGCCAUGGAGCGCCGCCGAUGAGGGCGAGCCGCCCUCGCCGGGCCCGCAGCCGUCCCCGCCGGCCCUCAGCGAUGGGGACUCGCCGCCGAGCCCGCCCGCGGAGCCUGCCAGCGGCAGGGCCAGCCCCCGGCACGACGCUCGGCCCUCCCUGGCGGAGGGGGAGCAGCGGGACGAACAUGUGGCAGCGGUGACAGAGGCGGGCGAGCGGCUCAGCGAGCAGGGACAAGGCGCUGCCAGCGAGGGCGGCCGUGCGGAGCGGGCAGGGCUGGCCAACGGCGUGGGGCGGGAGCACCGGGACGCUGCCGGCCCCAGCAGCCCCGAGCUCGGGGGCAGGGGCUCCCCCAGCCCCCAGAGAGCCAGCGGGGCCCUCAGCAAGCAGCGGUGGCACAGCGUGCUGGGAUCCUCGGAAGCGCUGAGUGCCGACGAGGCGGAGGAGCAGUUCGGGUUUGCCUCUGGAGAUGCCAAGCUGAGCUGCAGUGAUGAUGACAGGGAGCAUUUCCAAUUCAAAGACAUCAGGGAUGGCUUCAGCUCGACCUUUGAGAAGAUUGUUGAGUCUGACCUUAUGAAGGGCACCUACUACAGCAGCCUGGACUCUCUGGACGUGCUGUCCCUGACGGACGAGACAGACAGCUGUGUCAGCUUUGAGGCACCCCUGACCCCCCUGAUCCAGCAAAGGGCCAAGGAGAGCCCCGAGCUCCUGGAGCAGAAACUGGCAGCCCAGCAGAGAGAAGCCCUGCACCACAUGGCUGCUGAUAAGCAGGAGCUGGGGGCAGCCAAGCCAGCAGAGGGAGAUUUUGGGAGCCCUCUCAGACACUCAAUUACCAGCAGCAGGUCAGAGAAUGUGCUCAGCAGGCUGUCCUUGAAGAGUAUCCCAAAUGGGUUCCAUGUGGAAAGCUCAGAGGAAGAUGCCACCAAGAUCAUUAACUCCAUCAGCGAUGCCAGCCUGAAGGACACGCUGUCAGACUCAGACUCAGACAUGGGCAGCACGGAGCAGCUGGACCAGGGCAGCACGGACACGCUGGCCAACGGCUGCAGGGCGGACAGCGAGGCUGCCAAGAGGUUGGCCAAGCGCCUCUACAACCUCGAGGGCUUCAAGCGCUGCGACGUGGCCCGGCAGCUCGGCAAGAAUAAUGAAUUUAGCAAGUUGGUAGCAGAGGAGUAUCUCAGCUUCUUUGACUUCACUGGCCUGACCCUUGACAAAGCACUCAGGACGUUCCUGAAGGCAUUCCCGCUGAUGGGAGAGACACAGGAGCGGGAGCGGGUGCUGAUCCACUUCUCCCGGCGCUACUGCCACUGCAACCCCGAGGAGAGCACCUCUGAAGAUGGGAUCCACACACUCACCUGUGCCCUGAUGCUGCUCAACACAGACCUCCAUGGCCAUAACAUUGGCAAGAAGAUGUCAUGCCAACAGUUCAUAGCAAACCUGGAUGGGCUGAACGAUGGGAAGGACUUUGCCAAGGAUUUGCUGAAGACACUGUACAACUCCAUCAAGAAUGAGAAGCUGGAGUGGGCCAUUGACGAGGACGAGCUGAGGAAGUCGCUCUCGGAGCUGGUGGAUGACAAAUUCGGAGCCAGCGCCAAGAAAGUGACGAGGAUUGUGGACAGCAGCAACCCCUUCCUGGACAUCCCCCAGGCCCUGAACGCUGUCACCUACAAGCACGGCGUCCUCACCCGCAAAACCCACGCAGACAUGGAUGGCAAGAGAACUCCCAGAGGAAGAAGAGGUUGGAAGAAAUUUUAUGCUGUGCUUAAGGGGACUGUCCUUUAUUUACAAAAGGAUGAAUAUAAACCUGACAAAGACCUCUCUGAAGUGGAUCUGAAGAACGCCAUCCGCGUGCACCACGCCUUAGCCACAAAAGCCUCCGACUACAGCAAGAAGUCCAAUGUGCUCAAGCUGAAGACAGCUGACUGGAGAGUCUUCCUCUUCCAGGCCCCAAGCAAGGAAGAAAUGCUCUCCUGGAUCCUGAGGAUCAACCUUGUUGCUGCCAUUUUCUCUGCUCCAGCCUUCCCGGCUGCUAUCUGCUCCAUGAAGAAGUUCUGCCGCCCGCUCCUGCCUUCAUCCAUGACCAAGCUGUGCCAGGAGGAACAGCUGAGGUCUCAUGAAAAUAAAAUGAAGCAGAUUGCAGACGAAUUAGCAGAGCAUAAAUUACAUCCUGUAGAGAAGAGCCUCAAGUCAAAAGAGGCUGAGGAAUACAGACUCAAAGAACAUUACCUAAUAUUUGAGAAAAGCCGCUAUGAGACGUACAUCAACCUGCUGUGCAUGAAGAUAAAGGUGGGGACAGAUGAUCUGGAGAGGAUCGAGACCAGUUUCUUCAAGGUGGAAGCCGACGACCUCGCUCUGCGGAAAACGCACUCCAGCCCUUCCCUGAGCCAGGGGCACAUGUCCAUCAGCUGUAAGGCAGAAAAGGACAUUUUAGAGCAGAACACUUAACCAGGAACAUGUGCACGGGGGGAUGAACCGGCCAUGCUCUGCGCUCCUGGACUUAGAUUGAUGAGCACAAUUUUACUUAGGAAAUUAUAUGAGCAAAACUGUAGACAUGUCUGACAUGGGGAUUGCUCUAGUGAAGGAAAUCAAAGAAGCUUUAGUUGACACUCUCUGACAAUGCUCUGGCAUUUCAGCAUCAUCUCUUCUUCAUUCCCAACUGCACCAGUGGCUUUUCUUUCCCUCCUGCUGCAGCCUGCACAACAAAGGGAUAUGCUGGUUCUUCAAGGGCUGGGUGGCUCUUUCCUCCACCAGCCCUGUCUCUCUCCUUCCCUCCCUGGAUCCCCAGUGGUUCGUGGUCCCUGGCAGUGCAGGAAACUGAGCUGAGACGACCUCUGUGGCACCACCAGCGCUCCCAGAGAGGGGCACAGGGUGGCAGGGGCACGUCCCUGCCCCACGAGGAGCACGGCGUGACAGGACGGGUGUUGUGAGCUGGUCACCUUCAGCACGGGCACGUGGGAAUGUCCCCUGCCCAUGGCAGGAGAAGCCUGAAGGGUCCUCUGUCACCUUACCCUUUUUUUAUAUAUAUAUAUAUAUACAUAUGAAUAUAUAUAAAUAAAUAUAUAUAUAUAAGGAAACUUUAACCUGGGUUUUUAACCUCAGUGUGCAAGUGAAGGCAAGCUGCCUGGGGAAGACUCUAGGGACGUGGAGGGUCUGACCAGCCCACCAGGAUGUUCUAAAAAAAUGGAAUAGCUGUGUAUCUUUUUUGUUUCUUUUUUCUCCUUUUUUUACUCGAAUGGAAAUCCCACCUGGCUUUGCUGUGCAACAUCGCUCUCCCAUUCCUGCUUAUUCAGACAAACUGCCCCAGUGGCUGCCAGGUUGGCUGCCGGGGGAUCCACCACCCUGGGUUCGAGGCACAGCUGGAGCUGUGUGCAAGCUCCAGUGGAAGCUUUGUGCGCAGGAGUGAUUUCCCCUGCCCGUCCCUGCUGUAUUCCUCCAUCCUGCAAUGCACAUGCUGUACUCUUUUAAGUGGGAAUUGUGUUUCUGUUCCUUUCUGCUGUCUGUGGUCCAAUGAUUUACUGUUGUGCUGAAGUGAUUCCUCUGCAUUUCAAUGCCACGACUGUCCUCCCACACUUUAUUUAUUUCAUGUUUCAUUUGAUCCUUUAUCUCAGAUUGCUUUUCUUUCCCCUAGGUGCGUUCACAGUAAUCAAGUUCCAGUUUUGAAGGAUCUUGUAGCUGCUAAUUACGCUCAUUUAUUGUUUAUAUUUUGCAGCAUUUUUUAAACAAACAAACUAAGAUUUAUUUGGACCUUCAAUGUUUGAGAGCCUAUGGACUACUGUUUUCCAUGAUGGUUCAUGACACUAAAAACCUCUUCUCAACUUUAUCGCCUCUUCUUUUAUCUCUGUUUCUUUGUACAGUUUGAUAGUUUAUUUGAAAUGAUGCACUAAGAAUCAUGUAAAAAAAGAAUAACAAUAAAACUGAAUCUGUUGGUAAAGAGAA